AUGCCGCUCACACCGCUCAAGAACCGACUCGUCACCUACGGCAUCGACGGCCCCGGAAAAAGUCCCUCCUCGAACGCCAGCUGCCGCUCGAGAUCCUCGAGCACAUCUUCUACCUCAGCGAGAACGUCGCCUUCCCGCGCUGCAGCCCGCUGCUGGGCCGCCUCCUCUCCGGCCGCCCGACCCUCCUCGGCGCCGUCAUCGCCGCCUUCGCCCCGACCUGGCACGCCGGCUACGGCAUCGACACCCGCCGCGCCCUCGGCUUCCACUGGGUCCCGCUCGCUGACCGCCGCCGAGCGCGCCCGCUGCCGCGCCAUCGAGGAGGGCCUCCACCCGGGCAACCCGGCCUUUCAGUCCGCCCUCGGGGGCGGUGGUUGGGCCGACGCCGCGACCUUCCUCGAGGCCCAGACCCAGUGGGCACGGUGCUUCGCCGCCGGCCGCCCGGCCCCGGCGCCGCGCCUCGCCUUCGCCGAUGACGACGCUGGUGACGCGGAUGCAAAAUGGCCGACUCCGCUCUACCGCGACGUCCACCCACACAUGCGCAUCCCCGACAUCCUCCUCGCGGGCCCGUGGUCCCCGCAGGACGCCCUCCUCCUGCGCUGGCUCCGCCGCGGCGGCGCCCGCUUCCACGCCUCCCAAUCCUGGGAGCUCAAGCUCCACGGCCUCCGCGCCGCCGUCCAAGCACCCCCGCCGCCGCUCUCCUCUCCCGCUUCUGCUUCCUCGUCAUUCGCCUUCCGCCACGAUGCCGCCCUCAUCCACGCCCUCUGCUGCGAGGGCGACUUCCUCUGGGACCGCGAGGACAAGACGCCGCGCUUCAGCCCCGCCACCAGCAAGACGGCGUCCGGGGACGAGCCCGACGCGGGCAACAACCACGCCAUCACGGACGAGUGGCCGCGCGCUGUGCUCGCCGAGGAGCUCGACCGCGUGUACGACGUGUGCGAGGCGUGGCGGCGUGCGCGCGGUCGGCGCGAGCCCGACAUCCUCGUGCGUUUGUGUCAUCUUUUCGAGACGGCCCUCGGCGAACACCUGGCGCCUGGGGAGCAGCUCGACCUGCAGGCUCUCACGAGGCUGUGA